CCCAAUAAAAGUCCUCCGUCAUGCCGCCGCAAGUGCCUUCCCCUCUCCGCCGCCUGCUCCCUCUCUCCCAAACCCUAGCUCCGGCCCCGCUCCUCUACCUCUCGCGCCGCCUCUUCUUCUCUUCCGUCUCCGCUCCCCGCCCCCCCUUCACCCGCGCCGCCGGCAUCCGCCCCCUCGUGUGCCGCGGCCAGGCCAGCCGCCAUCACCUCCGCCGCGGGAACAGCACGGCCAGGAAGGAACCCGAGGGGAUGGCUAGCGGCGGCGGUGGCGGUGGCAAAGACGCGGGAGUGGCGUUCAAUAAGAUGCGUGCGGAGGGGAGGGACGUCAGGAAGGACAGGAGCAUGGAACUCAAGAACCGCAGGGCCAACCCCAUCAGCACAACCUCCUACGUGCAGAUACUCGGUACAGGAAUGGACACUCAAGAUACCGCUCCUUCAAUUUUACUAUUCUUUGACAAACAAAGAUUUAUAUUUAAUGCUGGCGAGGGUCUUCAGCGUUUCUGCACUGAACACAAGAUAAAGUUGUCAAAGAUUGACCACAUCUUUUUCACUCGCGUGUGCUCAGAAACUGCAGGGGGCCUUCCAGGUCUCGUGCUAACUCUUGCUGGGAUGGGAGAUGAGGGCAUGUCGGUGAACAUAUGGGGCCCUUCGGACCUUGAUUUUCUAGCAGGCGCGAUGAAAUCUUUUAUCCCAAAUAGGGCAAUGCUUCAUACACACAGCUUUGGUGUGGAACACAGUGCAUCUUCUUCACAAUCUACAGAAGCUACUGUUACUAUUGAUGAUGAAGUAGUUCGUAUAUCAGCAAUGUUUGUCAAACCGAGGUACAACAAUGAAGCCAGGAAUUCAACAGAUAUCAACUCAAAGCCUGGUGAUACUGCUAUAGUCUACUCAUGUGAAUUGGCAGAAAUUAAAGGAAAAUUUGACCCUGGUAAAGCUCAGGCCCUUGGUCUUGAGCGUGGGCCAAAGUAUCGUGAACUUCAACUUGGGAACUCUGUGAAGACUGUAGCUGGUAGAAUGGUUCAUCCAAGUGAGGUUCUCGACCCACCAAUUCCUGGACCAAUCGUACUUCUAGUGGAUUGCCCUACACAAUAUCACAUGCAUGAACUGUUUUUGCUGCAAUCACUUAGCCGCUUUUAUGAAGAUUCUUCCUGCCAAACAGAGAAUGCCAAGAAAGUAAAUUGCAUAAUCCACUUAGGUCCAUCUUCUGUGACAAACACUGUUGAUUAUCAGAACUGGAUGAAAUCUUUUGGCACCACACAGCAUAUCAUGGCAGGGCAUGAAAAUAAAAACAUGGAAGUUCCUAUCCUGAAAGGUAGUGCAAGGAUAUCUUCACGUCUUAAUUUUGUAUGCCCCCAGCUCUUCCCAUCCUCUGGGUUUUGGCCUGUGGAACCUGCAAAUGGUAUUGAUUUGGAGAAGAAUAAGAGUACUUCAUUCCAAGCCUGUGAAAGUGUGGCAGCAGCAAACUUGCUGAAGUUUCGUCUGCGUCCAUAUGCUCAACUGGGGUUGGAUAGAGCUUCUAUUCCAAGCUUGUUUAGUUAUGAAGAAAUUGUAGAUGAACUUAUUUCUGAGAUUCCUGAGAUUAAAGAAGUUCCUGAGCAGAUUAGCAAGUUCUGGCAAAGUAGUGUAGACCAAAAAAAUGCAUUGGCACCAGCUGGGAAACAUAUGCUGAUGGUUGAAGAGCCAUGGAUUAGUAAAGACUCCUGUCUUCCUGAUAUUUUAGAUGAACAGGGGAAUUUGGCUAAGUUUCAAGAUGACAGUAGUUUGAGAGAAAGUGUCUGGAGAAAGCGCCCAAAGGGCAAUUCAGAGACCCCCUGCUGCGUGGAGAAUGCUACGAGAGAAGAUAUGGAAAUUACGUUUUUGGGUACGGGUUCUUCCCAGCCUUCAAAAUAUCGAAAUGUUAGUUCCAUAUAUAUUAACCUGUUUGCACGAGGAGGUAUGCUUCUUGAUUGUGGUGAAGGAACGUUAGGACAGCUGAAAAGGAGGUUUGGUGUAAGUGGUGCUGAUGAAGCUGUAAAAAACUUGAGGUGCAUCUGGAUUUCCCAUAUUCACGCUGAUCACCACACGGGUCUCGCUAGAGUUCUUGCCUUGAGGUCAAAAUUGCUAAACGGUGUUCCUCACAAACCCUUGCUCGUGAUUGGACCAAAACAACUCCUGAGAUUUCUAAAUGCAUAUUCAACACUUGAAGAUCUUGAUAUGCAGUUCCUAGACUGCAGACAAACUUUGAAGCCUAGUGUUGAGGAACUUCUUGGUGAUAAUGCCACCGAAUCGGCAACAACUCAACUUGAAAAUACCAUGUUUGCCCCUGGAAGCAGAAUGGAGAACUACAACAAGAAGCCUUCAAGUCCGAAGGAUACUACAGCUCUCGCUAAUUUGAAAGAAGUUCUACAUGAAUCAGGUUUGGAGAUUCUGUACAGUGUCCCUGUCGUACAUUGUGCACAGGCGUUUGGAGUUGUUUUGAGAGCCAAGGAGAAGGUGAGUAGUGCUGGGAAGGCAAUUCCAGGAUGGAAAGUUGUAUAUUCAGGCGACACGCGGCCGUGCCCAGCUCUUGUAGAUGCGUCCAGAGAUGCCACCGUGCUGAUACAUGAGGCGACGUUUGAGGACAGCAUGAAGGACGAAGCGAUCGCGCGGAACCACAGCACAACGAAGGAAGCCAUAGCAGUAGGCACAUCGGCUGGAGCGUACCGCAUAAUCCUGACCCACUUUAGCCAGAGGUAUCCUAAAAUCCCGGUCUUUGACGAGGAGGACAUGCACAAGACCUGCAUCGCUUUCGACCUCAUGAGCGUAAACCUCGCCGAUUUGCCCGUGCUGCCGAAGGUCCUGCCUCACCUGAAGCUCCUCUUCAAGGAUGAGAUGGUCGUCGAAGAGUCUGAUGAGGUCCUGGAGGCCGUGGUGUAGCGAGGGAGAUAGUAGUAGACACAACAAUGCACAUUGUAUUUCUUUUCUCGCUCGGCGAUUGGCAUAUGAUUUUAACCCGAGGAUUCUCAGCUGUAGCCCCUUGUAGACCUGAUACAUUGCCACCGACCGUGAGGUCAGAUAGAAUAGAAUACAGUUCGGCUCUCGCUGUCA